AUGGAUGAAGAGGGAUCACAGUCUUUCGUUGCAAAGGAGGUGGUUGCAUGUGGCAAGACUCCUUGGUGCAUGCAGUUCCCCUCGCCGGUGUACUUUGCGCGGUGGAUAGACGACCGCUACGCUGUUAUUGGGGCUGGCGGAGGCGGCAGACGCUUCGGCAUGGCCAACUUGCUCGCGAUCAUUACUGUUGACUCCACACCGCGGCAGCGUGCCUGCUCCCCUGGUGGCACGCGGAAGCAACAAGACGAAAAAAAGCAGCAGAAUACUCUGGAAGGGCUUUCAAUGCAUCCCUGGAGCUUUGUGUCGGCUGUUGACAUGGAGGGGAAUAUCCCAUGGUGUGCGUCGUCAUUUUUGCCGUGUACAGAUGGUGCGCAGCUUGCUCAGGGCGUCAUGGGGUACCUCGCAGUCAGCCACAUCACCUGCUUCACGCUUGUUGAGGUGCGACGGUGCCAAGAGACGGGCAAGCUUGUCAUGCGGCGGCGUGCGUGCGUGGCUGUACCCGCCGACGCGAAGAACCCCGACAAGAAGCCCAUUGCUCUUGUGCAGGGCGCUGUCGCCGUCGCCCACGACGAGGGCGGUGUGCACGUCUACGGACUUGCCUCGCUCCUGCGGGGUGCGGAAUCGGACAAGGUGGGCCCUGAAGAGGAGGAGGUGGGGGAGGAGGAGCAGCAGCGGCGGCGACAGCAGCGCUCAACAGUCGUUCCGCCGCCAGCCGCGGUAGUGGAAGAGGCGGUUCCCAUCGCCGUGUGGCAUCUGCCGGCGCGCGUCAACGACCUGCACGCCAACCGCUUCUUUGUGCCUAAGAAGAGUGGUGGUGGUGAUGCAUCGAAGCGAUAUCAGCACUCGGACUACCUCCUCAUAGCAGUCUUGGUUCAGGACAAAACUCUUCGGCUUUCCACGAUGAAGCUCCGCCGGUGUCACAAGAAGGACGAAAGUGGUAUUAUGGACGAAAAACGCUGCACCGCCAGGCUCGCGGAUGCAUGCGUCUUCACCGGAAAAGACUGCCGCAUUCCUUUCUCGCUGAUGAGGUCCUCUAUGCGACUGGUACAGGUGUUUGGGGUGGAGGACGUCGCCCCGUCUGCAGCAGAUGCGGUGUGGAAGAAGGCGCGGCGUCUUCACUGUGAAGAAGGCACUCGCGGCUCCAUGCCAGUUGCGAACCUCGUUGUGGUUGUAUACGACGUGAUGGGUAAUCAAUCGUAUAUGCUGACGGCCCGAGUGCUGAGCAAAGCUGUCGCUCACGAUGAAAGGUCUCUGUCGGAUGGCACACGGCUCGCGGGUGAGAUUAGUGGCACUCUUGCUACUGGUUCUGUUUCUACCGCCAUCGCUGCCGCUGAGGUAGAAGCAGCAAGAUCAGUGGGAGAAAAUGCGGGUAAGGAACCAUCCAAACAUUUGGCGCUGCAGGUGCGCUUCGCCCCGCACCCUGCUCCAUUGGUGAAGGAAGGUGUCACGUCAAUUAGCCCAUGCUAUUAUCGCAGGAGUGGCCCCGAAGGCGCCCUCACCGCUGGAGAAGGAGUGGGCACCGCCAUUCCGUCCUACUGGUUGGCCGGCACUGUUGAAGGCACACUCGUGUCCCUGGUAUAUAACGGUGACGGCGAUGUUCAGAUUAUGUCGAUCCGUCCCUCGAAGAACAAGCGUGAAGCCAAACAUUUUCCCGCCAUACACCGUGAACCCAUUUCGUGCGUGGCCGUUUCGGUCCUAAACGACGUUCUGACUACAGACAUUGCGCAGAACGUGGUGGUGUCGGUGCUGCCGUUUUGGGAACACAUAUCAAUGGAAUCGAAUGCGUCGAGGAAUGGCGUUGGUGUAGCCAGUAUUGUUCCAAAACAUCAGGUCAAGAAGAGCUGCUUUGUGAAGGAUGACAGAAUUGGCGACCGUGCAAUUAAUACCGCUUUAAGACGGGAAACUGUAUCACUACUUGCAGAGGCCGCAGUGGACGGAAUGAGCAUGCGAACAAAAUACACGGCCCUUAUGUUAUUUCCACAUAAACAGGAGUUAAAACUUUUGUUUCCUUUCAGUGACGGCAUUCCAUCAAUGGCUCAGCUGAUUGUUGUUCUUUUGGCGAUACCGUUGAUAGCUGUGCUGAUGGCGUACUGGCUGGUGUAG